CCAAAAUCAGUUUGAAUUCUGCCUUCAAGCGCUCUAGAACAAAGCUGGCCAAAUCCGAGAGAGUCCACACACAGAUUAGCCUUACACUCUAUUUGCUCUGGAAUUAAUCAAAGAAUACAGCAGUGUCUAGUGUCUAAAUACGUAUAUUAAAUAGUAAAUUUCUUGUGUUGUUUUUUGUUGCUCUUAGUUUUUUGAGUGCACAUUUUAUUGCGUUACUUUGAGAUACGUAUACGUACACCCUAGCCAAGCCAACCAAUACAAGGCAGCAGCGAUAGCGUUUAUAGAACGCGAAAGCAAAAAGAACAGAAGGAAUUGUUAUCAACACUACUGCUCCAUUCGCUCCAAUUGCUCCAAUCAGUGCAAUGUCCUCUGGAAAGAUUCUACCACGGCGCCAGGCGGUGCCCGUCCUCUACACUCGCGGCACCCACUACGAGGUCGGCUUCGAUAUGGGCCGCACGUUUGGCUCGAUGAUUAAGAACUUUUUGCUCUUAUCGAAGCCACUGAUCGAGACCUACUUGCCCCUCUAUCAAUCCCCAAAAGGCAAGCAAAUCUAUAAUGAGACCCUGGAGUCGGUGAAGGAUAGUUUCCCCCAGUAUAUACGCGAGCUGGAGGGCGUGGCCGAUGGUGCGGAGGUGGAAUUCCAUAAGCUCUUUCUGCUGCACCUUGACGACAUCUUGCCGCAGGCAUUGAAGCUACAGCCGCGCAACAAUAACCAGCCGACUGGCUGCUCCACAAUCAUUGUCAACCAAAAGAAUUGCCGACUGUUGGGCCACACCGAGGAUGCCCUGACGGAGACCCUCAAUCAUUACUAUUUUGUUGACGCGCACAUCAUCAGCGACAAGCCGCAGGGCAAAUACAAUGUCAAGGAGGAGCACUUUAUGUCCCUGUGCUACGCCGGACACUUGCCCGGCUACACCAUGAAUCAGAAUUACCAUGGCCUGGUCUUCAGCAUCAAUACGAUCAGUGCGGAGCUGUUGCGCAGUGGCAAGACACCGAGACACUUCUUGACACGAGCCCUGCUGGCCACCAGCAAUGUGGACGAUGCUUUUAGGGUGCUCAGGGACGCAGGUGUGGGAGCAGCCGAUGCCUGCUCCAUUAACUUUACCUUCUUGGCCGAUCCCCGCCAGAUGUUCUACAAUGUGGAGAUGGCGCCUUCGCCAGACCGUAAGAAUGAGUCGCUUUUGAACAUCAAGGAGAUACCCUUGGGCAAUCAUAACUACCAUGUGAAUCAAUUCGAUCGCAUUCACCAGGAUCAGGCCAACGCUCUGAUGGUCGACUCCAGCGUGUCGCGAAUGCAGGCGUUCGGCACCUACAAGCCGCCAUCGAGCGAGCAGGAUGUGCGCCACAUGCUGGGCGAUGUCUCUGGGGGAUUGUAUUGCGUGUGGCGCGAGAAUGGCAGCUGUGACGAGGUGGUCAAAACCAUUGCCGUUGGCAUUUUCGAUCUCACCGCUAGGACCAUGUCGCUCUAUUCGGACAAUCCCAGUCAGACGGAGCCUCACUGCAGGUUGCCUCUGCUCUUCAAGUAGCUUUAAUGCACACACCCCCGCCCCCCGCCUUUGUUGGACGCAGAUUUUACUCGUAUGCUUAAUAAACAUAAUCAAAUGACAGUUUGAGCUUGAUCCAACAUUUUGUUGGGUCCUUAGCCAAUCUAAAACCUCA